AUGCAUGGAAACGAGCUGGAGGAGGGAACUUCUCUCUCCGUUGACCGGUAAAAGUAUUUCCUCCUUCAUUCAUCCAACAAAUAAUUUCUAGUAGAAAUUUUCGAGCCUCCGUCCUCGUCAAUUGUAAUCAAGAAUUCAUCAAUCAAUUUUUAUCACUGACGAGUUUAUUGUUCAAAAUUAAAUAGGUUAUCAAGAUGUCAUCAUCCGAGGAAUCAUUGGCAGACUCGGACGAUAGCUUGCCACCAUCUCCCCCAAGUGCCUAUUUUAGGACAGAUGGAGAAGAAAGCGUCGUACUUGGGAAGAGGAGGAAGAGAAUUAUCGAUCCUAUGCGAUUUGCCGAGCUUAGAAAGAAACGACCGAAAAAGUCGUCCACCACGACGGGAAAAAGUGACAGCAGCAGUGACGACUCCAGAAUCCCCUCCCCCUCAGAUCACGAUUUCGACUCGGAGAAUGUGAGAGUAGAUCAACGAAAAGUGGCACAAGUUUUGGCGAAAUCAAGACGAGUGGUGAAACAAAUGCUACCUCCUCCACCGAAACGUGGCAAAAAGAAGGUGGCAGUAAGCAAACCUAAACCUGGUCCUGGACGAGAUCCGCUCCACUCGUCAUUUGACGAAUCACUAGAGAGGGCUGAGAUCAGAAAGAAGAUUAAUAUGAACGAUUUUGUGGCAAAAUUUGGAAAACAAAAAAAUACAUUAAACAUUCCAAAAUCACCCGUCCCCAUUUCUCCCCCAACAGAAGAGCCGGCAAUGCCCAAGAAGACUUACGGCAAGAAGAAGAAGUCGAGUGUUGAGUUGCCUGCUUCACGUGGCCGUCAGUCCACCAGAACGAAUUUUUUUCGUGGUCGAGUGCAGACACUGAAUGACGAAGAAGAUGAUGAUAAUGAAGACGAUGAGUGGACCCCCAUUGCCAAACGAGAUUGGAAUCGCAAUAACAAACGUGUGCCCUCUCGGCCACUGGAUAAGGAGCUGUCUGCUCUCCCUCAGCCUUCAGAAACGGAGCCAGCCAGGUCAAGUUUGUCGGUAAUGGGCAGAAAGAAGCCCUCGGUGUCAGCAUCGCAACAAUUGCACGAUGACUCGCCUUCUAAAACCAAGCGGACUAGAGGAAAGCCUAAAAUUGCACGCAUAGGAACAUUAUCCAAUCACAUUAACAACGUGGUUUCGUCGCCGGAUUUCGAACCAACUCCUUUAACCCAACCUACCUGGCGCCCAAUUCGACGGACAUCCGUACUGACUCGGACAAGAGAAAAUAACUCUGUUACUGCUCAAUCUCUUGUCUCCUACCAAUCUCAAUCUCAGUCUGUUUACGGGGAUAUUCUGUCUCAACAUUUGUCACAACCAAAUAAUUCAAAACAAGGCGAAGUUGUCGACCUUCCCCUCUCACAACGUGUCCAAGAAAUUUCGGCAACACCAUCUUCGCAAUCGGAAGUGAAUCAAGAUCCCGGAGUCGCGGAUGAUUCUGCCUCACAUGAUGAAGAAGUACACUCUUCAAGUAUUUCUCCAAUACCACGACCUUCAUCUGUUGCUACACACCCAGAACUUGAUGUGACCUUAACAACACAACCACCCCCUGAAACUCUACAUUCUGAAGCAGUAUCGACGGAAGAUGCAUCAUCACCAGCUCCAACAGAAGAUGCUGAAGUAGUUGUUUCAGCUUUGGAUCAUCAAGAACCAUCAACUCCGUCCACUCCAAAACGAGCGCCCACUCGAAGUUGGCAAGAACCUGAAGUCUCACCAGUACGAAGAUCAUCCAUUCGACAAGAUCCUGAGGCUGUCCCACCAGUGCGAAGGUCCACUCGACAGCAAAUUAUUUCACCAGUGCGAAGGUCAUCCACUCGACAGCAAAUUAUUUCACCAGUGCGAAGGUCAUCCACUCGACAGCAAAUUAUUUCACCAGUGCGAAGGUCAUCCACUCGACAGCAAGUUAUUUCACCAGUACGAAGGUCAUCCAUUCGACAAGACCCUAAAGGUCCACAUUUUGAUGCAGUAUCGACGGAAGCACAAUCACCAACUCCAACAGAACUUGUUGAAGUAGUUGUUUCACCUUUGGAUCAUCAAGAACCUGUUGUAGUUGGCCCACUACCAACACCAUCCACUCCAAAACAAGCAUCCAGUCGAAGUCGACAAGAACAUGAAGCCUCACCGGUGCGAACGUCAUCCACUCGACAAGUUAUCUCGCCUGUACGAAGGCCAUCCAUUCUGCAAGAACCUGAAGUUGUCUCUCCAGUUCGAAGGUCAUCCACUCGACAACAGGUUAUCUCGCCUGUACGAAGGUCAUCCAUUCGACAAGAUCCUGAGUCUAUCUCGCCUGUAGGAAGGCCAUCCAUUCGGCAAGAAGAACCUGAAGUUGUCUCUCCAAUACGAAGGUCAUCCACUCGACAACAGGUUAUCUCGCCUGUACGAAGGCCAUCCAUUCGGCAAGAACCUGAAGUUGUCUCUCCAAUACGAAAGUCACACGACCGAGGUGAACCUGAAGUUGUCCCACCUUUGAGGUCGUCGAGACAAGGGCAAUUAGUUGUAUCUCGGACGUCCACCACUUCCGCAAGAUCAUCACUUCGACGAGAUCCGCUGGAAGUUGUCUCACUAGCACCAAGGUCAUCCACAGGACAACAACCAGUCGCUUCGUCGAAACGACAACACCAACCAAGUCAGCCUACAUCUGCUUUAAGGGCAUCAAUUGUACCAAUUGUAUCAAUUGUAUCAAUUGUAGAACAGGAAAUUGUUGCACCAUCCGCUCCAACAAAACAGCCUGAAGAAGUUAUUGUUUCCCGUAAAAGACCAUCCAGUCGAUCCGAAACUCAGCAACAAACUCAUGAGAAAAAUUCGACAAAUAUGGGACAAUCCAGUCAAAGACACCCAACACAAAUUUCAUCACGAAAUAGACAAUCAACUGAAGAACAUCAACCUGAAAUUCCUUCUCCAAACCGAGCAUCCAGCAGUCGAAACCAGUCGUCCUCGGAUGAGGGAUUGUCGUCACAAGGAGCCCGACGUAAACGCUUUACAUGGGGCCAACCUCAGGCGAAAAGUCGUGGGAAAGCCACUGAAAAACAACCACCAGCGGUUUCUUCAUCCAGCCGAAAUCCAUCACAGAUUGCAGAACCGCAUGUCACAAUUACUUCUCAACGAGCAGAAGCACCCACCCGGAAAAACAACCAGCGGCUCGAAGCUACAUCAUCAUCGGAUGAGGAGGGACAGCCUCCUAAAAAAAGAGUCCGACAAGUAGAACAAGGCAAUCGGAAUUCGUGGGGCCCUGACCAUCCCAUAAUGCAAGGCCGUGGAAAAGCUUUGUAUAACAAACGCCUCGUCUCAGAAGACUUGAUAAAGGAAACAAUUGAGAAAUAUGUUCCAGACACGACUCUCACUGGAGCCCAGCUAAAGACCCUCCACGGAAACAUGAACGCCUACAUCGAAACUACUUUCAACGACCUAUGCGACAACACUCCGUUGUACUUUGGCGUCUGGACAUUUCAACAGCUGAUGGCGAGACUGAAACGAGAUGGACUAUUAAACAAAACUGCAACCCGCAAAGACUUUGUCGCUUUACUCAAUGAUACCAUCGGCGAGGAGGAGGCAUCCAAAUGUGAAGGACUAUUGUUCCCAAAACGAGGAGAGUCUGACACACUCAGGAUUUUCACGUAAUUAACGUUUGAAAAGCACCCUUUUGAAUUUGCGUACAAAUACUUAUUUGUAUAGCUUUGAAAUCUAAUCACACUCAAAUUUUGUGCAUUAUUUCUACUUUAUGUGUUAAGCUAAUAUUGUCAAUGAUUUUCCUUUUCAAACUCGCAAUUUCAAAAUCAGACAAAAUAUAUAUAAAUAACGUAAUUAUACAAAAUAUUAUAAUUAAUUUAAACAUAAAAAUCAAAUCUGUAUUUUAUUGUAUUUAUGUGCAUAUGUGCAAACAAAACAUAUUAAAUCUCGUAUAAAUUAAAAGUUGUUCAUACAAUGGCACAUGGAUUUUUCAGGGAAAUAUUAUAAAUAAAAAUGAUACCCAGUGAAAACCCAUGAAAUUUAUAAUGGUUUUUUUAUUACUUGGAUUUCUUACACUCACAAUCACUAUGUAAUUAAGUAAAGUCCAAAAUUGUGAAUUAAAUUAAUUUCGUAGAACAACUACAUACCUUUGCAACCAUUUAUGUAUAUGAAAUGUGAAUAAAUACUCCAAAAUAAACUACGUCAUAAAUA